AUGGAAUGUCCCUAUAAUAGGCCGUCAGAAUGCACGGUUUCUUUCUGUCUUAGCAAGCAAAACAUCAUUAAUUUAAGUAAACGACGGGGACCCUUCUCAUUUCACAAACACAGGAAGCAAUCCAAACUUGCAGAACACUUUGAGUAUAAUCACAUCCCAGCACAUUUAUCUUCGGUUCAAAAUCUUCAUUUUAAGUCAAUUUUGUGUACUCACGACGGCCUGGCUAUUGUUCAUUUAGCGCGUAACCUAAUUACACAGUUUGGGAUAGUCGACCUUCAUAUUCAUAAAUUUCUUGGCACAUUUGGUCGGCAAACUGUGAAGUAUUCUACAGACUCAGUUGCUGCGCAAAUAUCUCCCGAUGGUUCCUUAUGCCUGGUUCGUCUACCGUGGUCAAGGACAAAUCGCAUUACAACUUUACAGGUUAGUGUCAAGCUCAAACGCUCGCCACAAUCUGACAUCAUGCAAACGCGCCGACGUGCCGCGAUCAGCAUUAAAACAAAAAAGCGUGAUUUGCCGUUUAUGGUUAGCACCAUUAACUUUCAGCCGCCUGUGCAUCUCCUCCUCCUCCUCCUCCUGCCCCCGCCUCCCCCCUUUACGCCGCCUAAUGUGAAGGCUAAGACGGCCCAAACGAAGGCUCAGGAGGUUGCAAACGCUCACAGCGAUGACUCACCAAGACGCGCAUGCGGGCGAAAGAAACUUAAGUGGGCCGUGAGAGGUGAUUGGCGGCUCUACAAUCUGCGUACCAAGGAGUUGGUUACCGAGCUUCCGCUAACCACGGACAACAUUCGUUUCCGACCUGUCCCGCCGCCGCCGCCGCCACCACCGCAACCGCAACCACCGUCCCUCCGUCUUCCCUUCGUGCAUCCGUUUUUGACACUGGGCUGGACCACACCCGAUGACCUUGAGAAUCAGACGAGGAGUAGCCAAUCAGCGCGCAGGCCCGCUCCAAACGAGGUGGAGGAGGAGGAGGCGGAGGUUCGUGUGCGAGCCUUCGGCGGCUACAACCAGCCCGCCUCGAUUCUCUUCGAUUUCGAUCCGCGCUUCGAGAAUUCGCGCAUCGCCCUGGCCAACGUGCAUUUCGUGGAGCCGCAGAGGCCAGACUGUCCCACGCUCCGUCGCUACUCCCUCGUGGAGGGUUUCUUUGAGGGGCAAGAGCCAAUCCUGUGCCUUGUGCGUCUCCCCUCCUGGCAGAGGAUCGCGAAGACACGCAAUUUCGGCGAAACUCCGGAACCACGAGUAGGAAGUGUUGGCGCAGGCAACCUUCGUGGCCGCGGCACCAGCGACGGGGCGUUUAAUUCUGCCACCGCAACCGGAAUAAACAUCCUCAAGGUGUUCUAUUCUCGUGCCGGUCACCUCAUUUUCGCUGUGGUCGCCACUACGAUGUCGUGUCGUUGCAAUUCCCUCGCACAGGGGCUCCUUUUCAGCCCCUUUCAUCCCAGCGGGACCGAUGCCACGGGCUCAACAAGCGCCCCUGACGUCUCCGAACACCGCGGUUGGGGCUUCGGGGGUGUAGCAGAGGCCUCGGAGGCCGUGGAAUCGCCCGGUUCGCGCCUUCGUCACUCCCACGCAUCACCACCGCCAGGCUGCACCAGUCUCUUCAUCACCGUCUUCCACGGCGACACACUUGACACCCUCCGCGUGAUCCGCUUCGACCGGCCCAUCUGUCCGCUGCAUACCUGUCCCACCAAUUACAUUCCAGUCAUGAGUAAAUGCGGCUCCCGAAUGGCCUUGGUCGCCCUAGCAACCGUCGGCGGCGAUCGCAGUGUCGCAGCACAGCGACGAGGGGGAAAAGGUGGCGGCGGAAGGCGAGUUACUUCCACCAGUCUGGCGGACGUCUCUCUGGAGUGUGCUGGGGGCGGCACUCCAAGACGCAAGCGCACUAGCACGCUGAAUGUGCCGUCCCCUCGACCUGGCAGCAGUCACAUUCCAUUUAAUCACACCGAGCACGGAAUUGAUUGGGAGACGUCGCUGAUGGAGUACGACUUGAAUCAAGCCGAGCCAGUCAGCCACGUGCGAUCAUCGGUAAUCGAUUCCGGCAAUUGCAGCCCCGGUACACGCAAACUCCAGGAGGUGGUUUUCGUGUACCAACUAGACCCACCACCAACCCUCCAAGCCAUCGUCCGCCAGAAGAUCAGGCAGAUAUUGCCUCUUUUCAAUGCAUUUCAGUACUUUCCAGACUCCGCGCUGGAUAAUCUCGGUCUACCGCCGGGCAUCGUCGCCUACCUGCGCUUCAAACCGUCUUUCGCUUGCUCCGGCUCGUGUUUGUCGCGGUCAGCCAGUGUGUCCACCUUGCAGACCCUGCGCAGCAACUCCCUGGAACUCCACUAA